GCCGUCGUCGUCAACAUCGAGUUCAGCAAAAGACUGGUCGUCGCCAUUCGGCUUUACCGCUUUCGCGGACUACUAUUACACACCACAGACGUCGAUGGCGCAGUCAUACUCCCCUGGUUCUCGGCAGAGCGCCCCCGUUCCCACCAAGGAGACGGAGACGGUUGACAAUCUCAUGAACGCGGAGGAAGUGCAAUCUGCCUAUGUUCAGCACCGCGACCGACUCGUUGGUGCCAUCGACUUGACCAAGUCGAUCCUGACCGAGUUGCGUCGGUUCAACAAGGAUGCUUGGGUCGUUCGCUACCCCCAGUUUACGGAGAAGGUGGUGGAACACGAUACUACAAAGAAGAAGCGCGCCGGCGCGCGGCGGUCUCUGUCCUUCGCCGAUGAUCCAACCUCGGAGACGGAGGUCGUUUUCCGUCCCGCCAAGGGCAUGGCACGGGCGAUGACCAUGUCCGCGGUGAAGGACGUGCCGGAAGAGAAGGAGGACUCAAUGGUCGAAGAGAAGGCUUCGUUGCUGUCGGAUGCGGAGGCUGCGGAGUUCAACGUUCUCCGACUUGACCUCAAGCUCGGCUCGCACGGUUCGUCAUCGUCGCCGGCCGCGCUCGUAUCCCAGUUGGAGAAAUCGUCCAUCGCCAAUUUGCUGGACGAGCGCAUCAACUCCUCCGUGAACCACGUCGAUAAGCUCCGCCAGCGCAUUCAAGACACCUCGUCGAAGGUGCUCGUCACUGGCGACCUCAACGCCGGCAAAUCAACUUUUGUCAACGCGAUUCUCCGCCGCCAGAUCAUGCCUGUUGACCAGCAGCCCUGCACCACGGCCUUUUGUGAGGUUCGCGAUGCGCGGGACAACGAUGGCAAGGAGGAGAUCCACCUGGUCAAGGAGGGCGUCGAGUAUAAUGUUGCGGAUGACAAGACGUUCAUUCGCAGGGAGCUAAAGGAUCUGGAGGAGAUCGUCGACGGCAACGAAAAUUCGCAGCAGGUCAUCAAACUAUACCUCAGCGAUGCCCGGGCUCCUGCGGAGUCACUUUUGCACAAUGGCGUGGUCGACAUAUCACUCAUCGACGCACCGGGUCUCAACCGUGACAGCUUGAAGACUACGGCCUUGUUCGCUCGCCAGGAGGAGAUCGACGUCGUGGUCUUUGUCGUAUCGGCUGAGAACCACUUCACUCUCUCCGCCAAGGAGUUCCUGUGGAACGCGAGCCACGAGAAGGCCUACAUAUUCGUCGUCGUCAACAAGUACGCGCAGAUUCGGAACAAGGAGAAGUGUCGUCGUCUAGUGCUGGAACAGAUCAAGCAGCUCAGCCCGAAGACAUACGAAGAUGCGGAUAACCUUGUCCACUUCGUCGACUCGGCGCAGGUCAUGGACUUCGCGAGCGCGCACCCCUCCUUCGAUACCCUCGAGAGCUGCUUGCGCAGCUUCGUCCUCACCAAGCGCGAGAAGUCCAAGCUUGCGCCCGCCUCCACCUACCUCACCAAGCUCCUCUCCGAUAUCGACCUCCUCGCCGGCGCGAACGCGAUUGUCGCUCAGACCGAGCUUGAACGCGCCAAGAACGACCUCGAUCGGGCGCGGCCCGUCCUCGAAAAGAUGCAGAACGGCCGCGAGGCGCUGGAGGAGAACCUCGAGGCGGUCGAGGAGGACGGUGCGCGCAAGAGUAGUUCACGCACGCGCGAGAUCGUCGGACUUGCCCUCGACAAGGUCGCCCAGGGCCAGCCCGGCGUCGACAAGGUGCUCAGCAUGCCUACCUACCCCGGAAUUCUCAACCUUUGGGACUACGCCAAGGACGUUCGACGCGUGCUCCUGCAGAGCAUCGAUCUCGCUGUCAAGAUGGCCGAGGACGAGGCUCGUGUUACCACUGCCAGGGGUGUCGAUGCCGUGUCCAAGCUCGCCGACGAGUAUCUCCCCGAGGGUGUCGAGCGCAGUCGUCGCGUCUUCGUCCCGGAGGCUAUGUUCUCCGUACGCCCUGGCAGCAAGGCCGAGCGCCGCAAGAGCUUACGUUCUGUAGUCGCCGGCGGUGUCCUCGGUCUUGGCAUCGGUCUUGCCCAGCGUCCCGACUUGCUUGAGACCACUUUCGCGGACCUCUUCGACAUGCAGCACGUUUGGGUUCGCCUGGGCCUGGAGGAGAGUGAGGACAGCAAGGAGGACGAGGAGUCGAAUGCGACCGCGUUGAGCGUCGUGUCGGUCGGUGUCGGCGCGCUGACGAUGGUCGGCGGUCAGGCGCUUGGCGCUCGGGGUAUCAUUGAGGGCCUCGUGCGCGUGUCGGAUAUGCUCGCGAACGAGACAGCUCGCAAGUGGGCGGCUCCUGUUGUGGGCGCGUUCGCGAUCGGCCUCACUGCGUACUUCGUCCUCGAGCUCCCGACCACCGUCCCCAAGACCAUCGGCCGGCGUAUCAGGAAGGAGCUCGUCAAGGCCGGCGAUGGAUCCGAGAUGUAUGUGGACGCGCAGGCUGCACGGGUUGCGCGGGAGACAAGGAAGGUGUUGAGGUUGGCGUCGUGGGACUUGAAGGAGCGGUUCAGGAGCGCGAUGGAGGAGCGGGGUAAGGAAGUCAAGGGCGCGGAGGAGAUGGAGAAGAAGGCCGGUAAGGCAGUCGAGUUCUUCAGGAGCGUCGAGAUGAGGACGGGUGAGGUGCGGGAGGGUGCGGUGUUGGGCCUCGUAGACGCCUAAAGUCGCAUCCACACGUUUGUGUAUGUCGCUGUCCUUCAUAUGCUCCAUGCCCCUGCUUACCCAUGCAUCUCAGGAUAUCUGUCGUUGCUUUGAUUCCCUACGUCUUUUCUAGACUAUCUAGACUAGAGAACGUCGUUCUUCAUGCCCAUCACUCGUUUAUAUCUUCUUAUGUCUUUCCUCUCCAUCACUGUUCACGUAGCUUACGGUUGGAUGAU